GAAGCAGAAGCAGGCAAAGAGAAAGAAGACGCACACACUCACACGCGACCUGCAGUGAAAAUAAAGUAGAGAAAAGUGUGCUGUGGAAUAACAGAGAAUAGGAAAAGAAAGAGAAUGAGAAGGUGAAGAAUAAGCGAAAAUAAAUGGAAAUUAAAUGAAGCUGCAAAAACUGCCAAAUAAACAAAGUGCUAUGCGAUGCAUAAAUGAGAACCCAAAGGGAGUUACGUGUAUAAUCAUCAAGACUUCCUUGCCAUUCUAGAGGCCACCAGCUGACAGCCUAAGUCCCCAAAAAGGAUCCUAUCAUGUCGCACAAAACAGGCAGCCGUCGCACCAGCGACCUGGAGUGUCCAUUAGCCUCCUUGGGCCGCAACAGCAAUGCGGUGCGGGAUCAUUACCAUCAUCCGCAUCCAUUGAGCUCCAGCCCACUGGAUCCGCAAGCCUACAAAAUGAUGUCUCGGAAGUCGCCCAAUCCUGGCAUGGAUUCCACAUCGCCAAAUGACCAGGCCACCGCCUCGUCGACAGCUGCAGCAGUGCUUCACAUGGUGCAGCAAAAGGCUGCCACUUUUGAGCUAAGAAGUCGCCAUACCCGACCGGAGCAGACCACCUAUGGAGCCCACUCCACGGCCUCUGUGGGACGACAUGCAAAAAAGUCACCCGAGCUGCCCGCUCCGGCCACGAGAAAUGUGGCGCCUGUACCGCAGCCACGGAACUUCCUCACCCUGGAGCAUGUCCUGCAAUUCGGAGCGCAGAGACCCAGUUGGAUGCACGGCAACAGUGCGGAUACGGAGGAUUCCAGUGACAAUAAUGCGGGCGGAGGUACAGGUAGUGGUAGCGGUGGCGCCGGAGGAGCCGGUCGAAGACGUGUUCAAGGUGGACGCUGCAGUGUGCCCACUGUGCUGGGCACCAAUGGUAGCAGUAGCAGUGGAGCCCAGUAUCUGCUGGACAAGAAGAUGGAGUCGCUGUAUCUGGGCAACGCUCUGAGAGCCCUGCCCCUAGGAGCCGAGGCGAGUCAGUACCAAAACGAGCGUUACUACCUGGAGGAUUACAGCAGCGGCAGCGGGAACGAGCGACUGCCAGAACGCCUGCAUCAUCCGCGCACCUCCAGUCCCAGCGAGACGAGCGGCUCGGACCGCUACCUGCUCAACCGGAGCACCAACUCCCCCGCCAAUGCCUUCCAGCUAGACCACCACCACACCAAAGGCCAGAGCCUGUCGGACGGCCUGUGCAACCUGGGUCGCUUCUCGCCAAGCCUGGACCAAGGCUAUGCCACAUUGGUUUCGCCCUCACCCACAGGUCACCACUCGAGUGGGGCGGGUAAUGUGACCGGUUCCACCACUGCGAGUGGAGCGGGAAUCAUGGCCAGCAGCACGCCGGCCACAACACCGCGACGAGGAGUCUCUAGCAGUGGAGUGGGUGGAGGUGGGCCUGGCACCGCCAUCGGACCGCCGCCCUGGAACCGUAAGGGUCCCUUCCGCUGCGGUCCGCUCUUCGAUCGCUUGCCCGAUGAGGCUGUCGUGAAGAUCUUCUCCUGGCUAGACAGUUGCGAGUUGUCCAACGUGGCGCGAGUUUGCCGAAGAUUCGAGCACCUCGCCUGGCGUCCCGUUCUGUGGAAGGUGAUAUCGCUACGGGGCGAGCACCUUAAUGGCGACAAGACGCUGAAGAUGAUUUUCCGGCAGCUGUGCGGCCAAAGCUGCAAUGGCGCCUGUCCGGAAGUGGAACGUGUCAUGCUUGGCGAUGGCUGCCGCAUCACGGACAAGGGUCUCCAGCUGCUUACGCGGCGCUGCCCGGAACUGACUCACCUGCAGCUGCAGACCUGUGUGGAUGUCUCCAAUCAGGCGCUGGUCGAGGCCCUGACCAAGUGCAGCAACCUGCAGCAUCUGGAUGUCACAGGCUGCAGCCAAGUGAGCAGCAUCAGUCCAAAUCCGCAUAUGGAACCACCGCGACGCCUGCUGCUGCAGUAUUUGGACCUCACCGAUUGCAUGGCCAUCGAUGACAUGGGUCUGAAGAUUGUGGUGAAGAACUGUCCACAGCUGGUGUAUCUGUACCUGCGGCGCUGCAUACAAAUUACGGAUGCGGGUCUGAAGUUUGUGCCCAGUUUCUGCGUCUCACUGAAGGAGUUGAGCGUAUCCGACUGCCUGAACAUCACCGACUUUGGCCUGUACGAGCUGGCUAAGCUGGGAGCAGCCCUUCGCUACCUUUCCGUGGCCAAGUGCGAACGUGUUUCGGAUGCCGGGCUAAAGGUCAUCGCCAGGCGGUGCUACAAGCUCAGAUAUUUGAAUGCCCGAGGAUGCGAAGCUGUCAGCGAUGACUCCAUCACAGUCCUUGCCCGCUCCUGUCCCCGGCUAAGGGCCCUGGACAUUGGCAAGUGUGAUGUCAGCGAUGCGGGACUGCGGGCCUUGGCCGAAAGCUGUCCCAAUCUGAAGAAACUGAGCCUGCGCAGCUGCGACAUGAUUACGGAUCGGGGAGUUCAGUGCAUCGCAUACUAUUGCCGCGGCCUUCAGCAGCUGAACAUCCAGGACUGCCCGGUGUCCAUCGAGGGGUACCGGGCAGUCAAAAAGUACUGCAAGCGCUGCAUCAUCGAGCACACCAAUCCGGGCUUCUGUUAGGAUACCCGAAAUGAAGCCACCAUAAAGCACAGAGGCAGGCCAUAAGAGCAGAGAUCGUUGGGAACGAGAAGCUGCACAAAAUCCGAGAUUAGCAGGAGUUCGGGGUGUCCGCUUCGAGGGAGAUCCCAUACAAGUGCCACGAAAAGCCCCGGAACUUCAGUUCAAUGAUCAUCCUGCCAGAAGGAAUAUUGACUCCCACCC